UGGCGUUGAAGCGUCCAGCAUCAUUCACAGCUUUUUCUGGAGCAUCAUCUUAUCUGACAGUCAGCAGAGGCUCUUCUUCCGCGGUUUUAACGUUGAAGAGAGGAAGGCUUCAGUCGAGCUCACACGAACAGGGAACAAGGACAGGAGACGAGGGGCUGCAUGGCAGGCUGCAGGCUCCAACUGUAGCAGCAUCAAUUCAAUGAGUGAGAACUCUGCUUUCAAUCAUGGACAAGAAAAAUGCAACCGGCUUUCAGUCCAAGUCAAGUGAGGCUGGUGUUCCGAGGAAGCAGCUGCCCUACUCAGUGGAAACACCCUAUGGCUUUCAUCUGGAUCUGGACUUCCUUAAGUAUGUCGACGAUAUUGAAAAAGGCAACACCAUCAAAAGGGUCCAUAUUCAACGCAGAAUCAGAGGACCACCAAAAUUUAGUACUCUACCGAGAAAUUUCAGCCUUCCUGGGCAUGGGACUCGGCCGGGUUUGAAGGAAAAGGACAGCACAUGGUCGGCAACAUCCACCCUUGGACCUAAGCCUAGAUCACGUGUGACUGAGAUCCAACAGAUCUUUGAUUUCAGGUCAAGUGAUGGGGGGACUUCCAUUCAGAGCAAUAGGGGGACAACCAGCCACACAGUGAGCUUUGUUGCAGCAAAACCCAGAGAUGAAGCAGGUACUGGGCCUCAGCAAGUUGAGGAGACGCAAACAGGAAUGCAAGGUCGGCCAAACCUUCUCCGAGCGUCAAGCAUGCCUGUCACCCUACAGCAACGGAGAGCUUCUGACUCUAGCAGUCCAGACCGUGUUGUGGGAACACCAGAGAAUGGUUCCUCAGAGAACAUACUGCGUGCUUCAGCAGAUGUACCAGAAAGACGGUGUGUUCCUCAGGAUCGGGCAGAACUUCAUCAGCAGAUUACAGUGGCACUGAAGCGGGUCAGAGAGCUUGAAGAGCAGGUCAAAACCAUCCCAGAACUAAAGGCUCAGAUCUGCUCCCUGAGGGAAGAAAGGCACCGGCUGCUCCUUCAGCUCCAAGCUCAUGCACAAGCACACAUUUCCAAAACACCUUCUGAACAAACCCCAAAUAAUGAUGCUGAGACAAACACUCAGUCACAAGAACAUGGAGUUUCAGAAAGGAUUAAUUCAGCUGUGAUGCAUCAGCAUACUGGAGGUGCGGAUGCUUCAAUGUGGGCGCCAGAGAAAGAGAACGUUAUAAGGAGACACAGAGCAUCACCCCAAGAAAAACGGGACUCUGUUAAGAGUUCAUCUCCACACGGAAAAGUGUCAGAACAGAAAACAGAAAGACAAACACAGCCAUCAGAAGUCUCUGACAAACAAAAAGAGAUAGUGGUGCAAGCGGCACAAACAUUAGCACAGAACAUUUCAGGACAUGAGUUAACAUCGCUAACUGUGACUUUGAAAAAUUCAGAGGUUGUUAGCACUGUUCAAGGUGGAGCUGUGGCAGAAGACCGAAAACGUGACAGUUAUCCCUCUUAUGAUGAGGACCUAAUUGGUAUCCAGAAGUUGCAGGAGAAACUAUUGAUUCUAGAAACAAAACUUACUCAGGCAAACCAAGAACUGGAGAAAACUAAUACGCUUUUGAAAAAACAAAUUGAGGACAACAAGAUGAAAGAAGAGACAAUACUACAGUUGAGUGAGGGCAUGCGAUUAGAGAUAUCUGCUACAGAAACACACAGCAGGGUAAGACGGAAAAGCAUUGACAGGGGAACAGAGACAGAAAGACCCAAUUUUUCUAAUCAAGAGACAGAAACAGAACUUCCUGCUGCAGUCGAUCAGGGAACGGAUACGGAUAGAAUCUGUGUUGAAGUUUGUGUCCCCAAACCAAAGACUGGAAGUACAGAUCAAGAAACAGUGAUAGCUAAAGCUGACACAGAGGUGACGGAGACAGGGACAGACGUUGCUGCUUUAGGUUCACCAAGACCCAGAGCUGACAGCAUGGAACGUGGCACCGAAACAGAAAAGGUUAUCACUCAGGAUCAGAUGACUGAGACCUUAGUGGCAGAAAGGGUGAACCGAGUCACAGAAACUGAAAGCGAGAUGGUGACAGACCAUCCAUUUAGGCCGAGGGCCAGUAGUGUAGAACGGGGCACAGAGACGGAGAGGGUGGACACUGUGGACAGGGUGACAGAGACAGAGGUGGCACCAAGGACAGACCAGCAGACUGAAACAGAGACACAGAGACGAUUGGACAACAAUCCAACUAGGGAUGCAGAAGCAGAGAGUCAUGUAAGAGAAUCUGGAGGCAGCCAAAGAGAAGAAAGUGAAAGUGCGGAAGGCAAAGAAGUAAGUGAAAGAAUUCAGAGUGAAAAAGAAUACAGUGAAAUAAUUUUGAAAGAACCCAUUACAGAGAGUUCAGCUGAAGCUACUGAAAAUGUACUUGCACAAACGUUAGUUUUAGCUAUUGUAGUGCAAGAUGAAGGGCAGGGUAGUCAACUUACAACAAAAGAAGAAAGUUUAGAAGCUAAGAUUAAAGAGAAUGUUGGAGAGAAGGCCUCAGGAAAAAAACAUGUACUUCCAGAAAGUGCAUUAGUAGAAAUUGUUGACCCACAACAGACUGGAAAUGCAGUAAAGAAGCAAACGGAUAGCAAGAUUGUGUGCGCAACAAUUAAAGAAACUGUAGUCACUGACACGGUAGUAGUAGUAGCAGCAGCAGAGAAUUCAGCGGUGAAGUCACUAGUGCCUGUGAGACCUCAGAGAGGAAGGAAGCCCACAGGUGAGCAGUCUAAAGCAUCAUCUCCCCAAAUUCAGGCUUCACCCAGGCGUCCUCGUAGGGGAUCCCGUGAAACUCAAAGCCAACCAUCCCCAACCCAGACAAAAAUCCAGCCCAAGGCACCAGCAAAGAGCACGACUGAGUGCCAGGCUCCAGCUCCAUCAGCUAGUGAACCUCAAAGUCAACCGUCUUCAUCCCAGAAAAAAACCCAACCCAAGGCUCCAUUAGAGGUUGCAUCGCCAUCAACUAUUGAGCUCCAAAUUCAGGUUUCCAAAAAAGAAGCAACACAUGAGACCCCAGUUCAGAGUGAGAUGGCAGAUCAAACCCAAAUGGUGAGGUCUCGUGCAACCUCUAGUGAGGAGCAGUCUGGAUCACAAACUCAGACUGAGCCUAAGGGCCAGACUGUAGGAUCUAUUACACUCCAAACACGACCGCAGGCAAUUCAAACCCAGUCUCAGUCUCAAGCCUCUGAAACUAAACGUGACUCAAAAGAGAUUCAAAGACCACACAAGGGAUCUAGUGUAUCGCAACCCCCUAUUCACGGAACAGGUGAUGCCCAGGUCCACCGAGGUUCCAGUGAGGCUCAGCCUCCUCGCAAAGAUGCCACUGAACUACAGUCUCUGCGCAGAGGAUCCAGUGAAGCAGCACAACGUAGGGGUUCAGGUGAAGUCCAAGGAUCCCGUCGGGACACAAGUGAGACCCAGCCUCCUCGAAGAGGCUCUGGUGAGUCACCAACUUCACCUGCAGCUUUGGGACAAGUUGUAACACGGAUAACAGGACUUCUAGGGGAGCAGUGGGCACAUCUGGGGAGUGGUUCUGGAGCUCAACAGCCAGCCAGCCAGCAGGAGAGUCCCAGCACACAGAAACAGACAUUAGGAAAAAGAGCAGAAGCUGGAAAAGGAACAUCAUCUAAGCCUGUGGGUACAGUCCCUGCAGCAACAACAGGGAAACCAGCAGGGAAACCUGGACCUUCCAAAAUGAGCUCUAUUCAAAGUCAGCUGGUCAGCUCCCUCAGUGUUCUGUCUGCUUUCUACUCCCCGGGCCAAAAAGCUGCUGCUGCCAGCAAACAGCAAGAGCAAGGUCUCAAGUCCAUUAUGAAGAAAAAUGGCAUGGCUGACAAGCAGGGGAGCAAGGGAGCCAAGAAAAACCUGAAAUUUGUUGGGGUGAAUGGAGGCUAUGAGACUACAUCCAGUGAGGAAUCAAGUGGGGAUGAGAAGUCAAAGGUGGAGGUGGAGGAGGAAGAAAAAUCAAAGCCAAAGGAGGAGAAGGAGCCUCAGUCAUUAGAAAGACCUGAGGAGGAAACACAGAGCCAACAGAUGGAUGUGGAGGUCCUACCUGAGGAAGAAGGUGCUGCUGCUGCAGCAGAAGAGAAGGAGAGUGAAAAAGGUCUACUGGAUACAGAGGACAUCCAGGAGAUGGAGGAGGAACAGGCAGAAGGUGAGCAAGUGGACAAAGGCUUUAUAGAUGCUUGCGUUUAUGUGAAAGACCGCAUGGAAGAAGUUUCAUCACCAGAUAAAGAAAUGCGUCAGGUUUUAGUGGUGCUCUACCAGGAGUGGUUCAGAGUGUCCAGUCAGAAAGACUCGCAGGCUGACACCGUUCGAUUAUACCUGCGACGCGUGGGUUUAACCACACCCACUCUCCUGCCGUACGUCGUCAACCUGACAGAUGGCAAUGGCAACAUGGCGCUGCACUACAGUGUGUCCCAUUCCAACUUUUCUGUGGUCAAACUCCUGCUGGACACUGGUUUAUGCGAGACAGACAACGUGAACAAAGCGGGUUACACUCCAGUGAUGCUGGCUGCACUGACAGCUGCAGAAAGCCCAGAUGACCUGGAGGUGGCACAACAGCUGCUGAGACUGGGAGACGUCAACGCACGUUCCAGACAGGCGGGCCAGACGGCACUCAUGCUUGCGGUGAGCCACGGGCGCGUUGCUAUGGUGAAACUGCUGCUAAGAUGCGGUGCAGAUGUAAAUGCCCAGGACCGUGAGGGAUCCACGGCCCUGAUGUGCGCCAGCGAAUACGGACACACACAUAUCGCUAGUCUGCUGUUAGAGACGGGCUGCUGUGACAGCAGUCUCACAGACAAGAAUGGUCAGACAGCUCUGGCAGUGGCUGAGGGGGCUUCCCACAAAGACAUAAUCGAGCUUUUGAAGGCCCACGCUGAAGCCUCAAAGCCUCCGUCUACCACAGACCACCACUGAGCCACGCUGAUCCGGUUUACUCCUCCAACUCCUCACAACAUCCAAAUGAAUUUCACCGCUGUUGACCAACAAAGAGGAGAAAGACCAAAAUAAUUCUCAGUACAGGAGCUGCUGCGUUUCCACAUUUAUGGCUGCAGAAGCUGGAAUCACGGUGCAGGAUGCACUCUGCACAAAUGACAGAUAAAGAAAUCCACUAACACAUCUGGGACCUCAAAGAACUGAUUUAUGUUCUCCUGCAUCACCUCCAGCAUUGUGGUUGUCGCAAUCAGAGAAAUGGGCCGGCUGCAGUGAUGAAAAGAUACGGCCUCAGUGGAACAACAGACAGGCAGCAUAUAAAGUGUAAGACUAGAGGUGGGAGCCAGGACGCGUGUUUGGAGCGCCAGUCAUUCUGACUGCUGCUUGUUCUAAACUCUUCAAGCAAAUAAGAAGCACAUGAUCUUCCUUAUAAAUGUGACCUUAAAUAUAUAAUAUUCUUCAUAUAUUUUUCUCUCCUGACGCUAUUCAUUGGACAUAAGCCAUUAUCAAGAUCAUAGUAAAUGUAGAAUGUUAUUCUAACAGAUUAUAACCAAACACACAGAAAAAACUAUUUUCUACUGCACUUUUUAAUGUCUGUGCAAAUACAAAUA